GUCAGAAAAACAACUAACUCAAAACUUAACCACAAAGUAAGCCAUUGACCGGCAACGGGAACACAUCGCUAAAAUGGACAUACGCUCCAUUCUCCUUAUUGCUCUAUUUAUGAGCAUUGGAAAAUUCAACUCUGCAGAGGGAGCAAAAAUUCUUUCCAUCUUCCCCUACUCGGGGCCCUCGCAGUAUAUUUUUAUUUCACCACUGCUAAAGGCCUUGGCGGAAAAGGGCCACGAAGUCACAUCCAUAUCGACAUUUCCCCAAAAGAAACCACUGAAGAAUUUCCGUGAUGUUGUUGUUAUGGAAAAUAGCAAUAUUUUCGAUGAAAUGUUUACCCAGGCUACGGCCGGUGAGGCUGAAGGAAAAUCAUUUUUCGAAGAAUUUGCGGAACUCAGUUCUUUGGGGGUGACCGCCAGCAGCAAUGUCAUGGAAAAUGUGGAUGUGAAGAAACUAUUGAAAAAUGAAAAAUUUGAUUUGAUCAUCAUCGAAGUUUUUGGAACCGAAUCGUUAUUUGGUUUGGGUGAAUAUUUUCAAGCUCCAAUGAUUGGCGUCUCCACUUUUGGCACCAUUGGUUUUAUUGAUUACCUAACUGCCAAUCCAUCACCAGCCUCAUACAUACCCCACAUGAGUUUGGAGUAUGACAGUCACAUGUCGCUGUGGCAACGAACUGUAAAUGUCUUGACCAAUGUUGUGGAUAAUUUGUGUACAAAUUUCUUCUUAAUAGCGGGUCAAGAGAAAGUCUACAAGAAAUAUUUUCCCAAUGCCAAACUGUCUUUGGAUGAGGCCCGUCGUAAUGUCUCCUUGGUGUUAUUGAAUGAUCACUUCUCACUGCAAGCACCACGUCCUUAUGUCCCCAAUAUGAUCGAAGUUGGUGGUUUGCAUAUUAAACAAAAACCCGAUCCUUUGGAAGAAGAUUUACAAAAAUUCCUGGACGAUUCACCGGAGGGUGUAAUUUACUUCUCCAUGGGUUCAAAUGCGAAGAGUAAAGAUUUAGCCCCUCAUACACUCCAGGCCAUAUUGAGUACAUUUGCAGAAUUGAAGAUUAAAGUUUUGUGGAAAUUCGAACUGGAAGAAUUACCGAAUAAACCAGCCAAUGUUGUCAUACGCAAAUGGUUUAAUCAACCCUCCAUAUUGGCCCAUCCCAAUGUGAAGCUGUUCAUUUCCCAUGGCGGAUAUUUGAGUACCACUGAAACGAUAUUCCAUGGUAAACCCAUCCUGGGCAUUCCAGUGUUGGGCGAUCAAUUUAUGAAUGUUAAAAACGCCGUGAAAGCUGGUUUUGCUUUGCGUUUGGAUUUAAGAUCCCUUACAAAGGAGAAAUUUAUGCAGAGCAUUCAAGAGCUAUGGACGAAUCCCCGUUAUACGAAUGCAGUGAAAACCUUGUCGAAACGUUAUAGGGAUCAGCCAUUGACGCCCUUGGAAACUGCAAUCUUUUGGGUGGAAUAUGUCCUGAGACAUGAUGGAGCUCCCCAUAUUCGUAAUGCUGGCCAGGAUUUGUCAUUUUGGCAAUAUCACAAUAUUGAUGUGUAUCUACUCUUAGCAAGUUGUAUUGUUGUUGUGUUUACAUUAAUAGCGAGUUUAAUUAGAUUUGGAAAGAAACUUAUUUGUGCUAUUUCAAAAUCGAUGAAAAAAUCCAAGAAAUCAAAAAUAAAGAAAAACAAGUAAGCAAAGGCUACAGUCGAGCGGGGCCGACCGUUGAAUACCCUACAACACUAUAAUAAACGA